ACAUGUAUAAUGUAUAUAAUCCAACUUGCUCACCAUCUUGUCUUGUAUCUAAUGACAACUUAAUGCAUGCCACCAGAACCCAGUAUCCCUUGCUGAAUGGAACUCACCGAGUCUCAGUGAGUCACCGUAGCACGCUGCACGCAUGGUCCAUCGCAGAUGGGGAGAAAAAAACGACAACACUGAAAUACCCGUCAAGCCCUCAACGCACAAGCCCUCUCAAUAUUUAUUCAUCAGCAACGCCCACUAUUCCAUCUAUUUUUCCUUUCCCCCCACGGCCCACACUUGCAUCGCCGAGAGCCGAGGACGCACCUCCCUCUCGUCUCGUCGCCUCGCCUCCUCCCUUCCCUUCAGCACGUCCCACGCGCUCCUCCCUACGCCGCCGCCAAGGGUUGCUCCCGCACCACAUCCGAGCGCGUCGCAGCCACGUCGCCCACGGCCAUGGUGAUCUCGGCCGAGCCGCCCCCGCCGCCUCCCCCAGAUCCCGUCGCCGACGCCGCGGCGGCGGCGGCCACGUCGAACGCCCGCCAGGCGGCGGCCGCGUUCUCCUCGUUCCCGUCGCUCAAGACGUGGGGGAGCCACCGGGCCCUGCGCUGCGCCCACGUCAACCGCGCCGGCGACGCCACCGCCACCGCCACCGCCAGGCGCUCCCCCGGGAAGCUCGCCGCCGUUGCCGGAGAGAAGGCGCUGGGGAACCUCCACGAGGUGGAAGCAGGGAGCAGCGACGCGGACCACGUGGCGGCCGCCCCCGCCUUGCCACCGUGGAAGCUGCGCACCCGACGACGGCGCCCCACGCCCACGGUGGCGGCGCCGUCCGCGAGCACGUCGCGAACGCCCGAGCGGAGGCCGUCGCGGGCCUGCGCGGAGGCCCUGGGCCGGGCGCGCUUCUCCGUGGCGCUCACGCGAGAGGAGAUCGAGGAGGACGUCUUCGCCGUGACCGGCGCGCGGCCGCGCCGUCGCCCUAGGCGGCGGCCUCGCCCCGUGCAGAAGCAGCUCGAUAUCCUAUUCCCCGGCUCGUGGCUGUCGGAGAUCACCGCCGAGACCUACCGCGUGCCGGACGGCCGGUGAGAGACCGCGUCGCCGGCCCAUCAAGGAGCACCGUGGAGCCGUCGUCGUCCCGCCCAUGGACGAGGGCGCAGGAACCCGAAAGGCGAAUUGGGCAAUCACAAUCCGGUGCUGCUGUUCAUUCUCUCUUUAACUCGUCUUCUGCUGGUCAUGUUGCCGUGAGCUAAUCAGCUAGUAGUAGUUAUCAGUAAUUGUUACUAUUAAUUAAUUGAUUGAAUAGGAUGCUAGUAGCAGUCCCAGGAAGCAGCAAGUGACUUUAUCAGCUUGUUUAUCUUUAGCAAAAGUACGUAAGGAAUAGUCGAUCUGGUAAACUUUUGUUC